AUGACAUCAUCUUAUCGACGCGAUCGUUCGUAUUCACCCUACAAUCAUACAAAUGACGAUGGUGAAAAUGGUUGUCGUAUUCAUGUAGCUGAUCUUUCGUCGAACUGCACAAAACGUGACAUAGAAAAAGCGUUUAAUAAAUGGUCAAUUAUUGAGGUCUGGCAUGCACAAGCUUCGUGUUUUGCUUUUGUUGUACUGCGUCAUCGCCAAGAUGGGCAACAAGCCAUCAGCGAACUUGACGGCCGAUGCAUUGGGGACGCACGUGUUCGAGUGUCCUUAGCUCGACCACGCACUCGUGGCCAUACGGGAAGAAAUUUCGAUCCAAAUAUGCGAUGUUAUCAAUGUGGAUCGCGAGGUCAUUUUAGUCGAGACUGUGGUAAUGAUCAACGUAAACACAAAAGUACAGGUCAUAAUUAUCGAUCUCGUUCACAUGACCGUCGACGCGAACGAUCUUACUCACGAUCUCGCUCGCGAACUCUUCGUGAUACUCGUCGAUAUAGUCCUAGGCGAACAUCGCCAUCGUCUAAUUACGAAAGUCGUGCGAAUGGACAUGGCUAUUACACAAGCCCACCGCGAACAUGA